UUGCUGACGACGCCGACUUUAGUUUCUCAUCGCCGUCUCUUCGUUUGUAUCUUCUAUCUGUGUGCGUGUGUGCGUGUGUCUCGCUGCCUGUGUGUGUGUGUGUGUAUGUGCGCGGGCGCUUAGUGCGUCAUCACUCUAGCAGCUACAUUGUGCAAUCGAACAGAAAAAAAACAACAGCAACAACAACAGCAACACCAACAAUAAUGAAGAAAAUGCCAAUGCUGCCAGCGCUGAUGUUGACGGCGCUGCUCUGGUGCUGCUGCCKCCUGCAGUGCACAUUGGCAAUUGAGUGUUACGUAUGCGAUGCGAGCGACACGAAGAAUCCGUUCCAGUGUGGCGAAUGGUUUGAUCGCUUCGAUCAGCCCGACAUCCAGCCACAGAACUGUUCGAGCGUCCAUGGCGCCACGUUCUGUGUGAAGCAUGUGGGCCGCUUCGAGGGCGGCAUUGGGGCGAAACGUUUCUGCAGCUCCAAGGAUUUGGGCAACUAUUGUGACUAUGUGCGCAAUAAGGGCGAUCGCAUGGAUUAUCGCAGCUGCAUCUACACCUGCGAUACGGAUGGCUGCAAUCACUCCAAUCAAUUGGCCAGCAGCAGCAGCGUGUGGGGUGUGGCGCUAGCGCUAGCGCUGCUCACGCGGACAGUCUGGCAACGCUGCUGAGAGCGGACAAGAGAGCGGCAGAGCGAGAGCGAGAGAGCGUAGCUUAAACAGAGCUUUGUAAACAAAGCGGACAAACAAACAGCAAACAGCAUGUUGUUGGCUUUGAUUACUUAUGCGUUUUAUAUUUGUUUUUUCUUCUCGUCUUCUUCUUCUUCAAUUUUUUUAUACAAACAAAAAUGUAAUUUUUUUUUUUUUUU